CCCUCUCUCUUCCCUUUUCCGCUACAGGAAGUAAACGUGCCUAAGGUGCUCGGUUCUUCACCAGAAGCUAAGGCCCGCAAUCCGGCGACUAGCACCGUCAAAUUUAGGCAUCCACUACUAAAAAUAUCUAAAACAACAUCUACAAUGGCCUCCGUAUCUGAGCUCGCCUGCAUUUACUCUGCUCUGAUCCUCCACGACGAUGAAGUCACCGUCACCGAGGACAAGCUGAAUGCCCUGAUCAAGGCUGCUGGAGUCACUGUGGAGCCUUUCUGGCCAAGUCUCUUCGCCAAGUCUCUGUCCAGCAUCGACAUCGGCAGCCUGAUCUGCAACGUUGGGGCCGGAGGUGGAGCUCCAGCUGCUGGACCCGCUGCUGCCGGACCUGCUGCUGCUGAAGCCCCAGCCAAGGAGGAGGAAAAGAAAGAAGAGAAGAAGGAAGAGUCCGAGGAGUCCGACGAUGACCUUGGCUUUGGUCUCUUUGAUUAAAAUGUUUUUGUAAUAAAAAAACACGAGUACAAAAACAA